AUGAAGGCAAAUGCAGGUGUUGUCAUUAUUGGACAGCGAGUGACACUCGUGCCAUAUGAAAAAGAGCAUGUAUGGAAAUAUUACAAUUGGAUGAAGGAUUCAUGGCUACAAGAAAUGACGGCAUCGGAGCCAUUAUCGAUCGAGGAAGAAUUUGAGAUGCAAAAGUCAUGGAGAGAAGACGCCAAAAAAUGCACAUUUAUUGUCUUAUCAAAUGCAAAAGGUGAUGAUAAUAAGCCAGAGGCUUCAUAUACUGACGAGAAAGCGAUUGAUCGUAUGGCUGGAGACGUGAAUUUGUUUUUUAACGACUAUGACGAUCCCCACGCGUGUGAAGUGAACGUUAUGAUUGCAGAAGAAAAGUAUCGUCGCAAUGGCUUGGCGGAGGAAGCAGUAAAGCUUUUAAUGGCUUAUGCGACGUCAAAGCUUGACGUUACCCGAUUCUUUUGCAAAAUCAUUGAAACGAACAGCGCUUCACUUCAGCUUUUUGAAAAGCUGGGGUAUGUCAGGUAUAAUUAUGUGCCUGCAUUUAACCAGGUAGAAAUGGAGCUGGUCAUCAACGAUAAGUAG